AUGCCACUCCAUCUUCUGGGGAAGAAGUCCUGGAACGUCUACAAUGAAAAGAACAUCGCCCGUGUUCGUCGCGAUGAGGCUGCCGCAGAGGCCGCUGAGGAGGCUGAGGAGCAGCGCAUGCAGGAGGUUGAUGCCGCGAGACGCCUAGCGAUUCUGCGCGGCGAGGAGCCGCCUCCUCUUGAGGAUGAGCAGCCAAAGGAGGUUGAUUUGAGCCACAGCCGGGAUCCCUCAUCUUUUGCAGAUAGGCCUAAGAAGAAGAGAAAGCGCGCCGGCGAGGAUGACACCGAAUUUGAACUCCGUCUUGCGCAUGAGAGGAAUGAAGCUCAGUAUGGCAAUCUUGAGGUUAGCAAGAAGCCAUCCAGCUCAGCUCCUAUCAUGGAUCGCUCUGGGCACAUUGAUCUCUUUGGCGAUGAACGCGCCAGAGCCCACGGUGAGAAGAACGAGGAAGCGGAAAAGGAGGCCAAGAAAAAGAAGCGGGAGUUUGAGGAUCAAUAUACCAUGCGCUUUUCGAAUGCCGCUGGGAGGGAGGGAUUGGCACAGAGUCCUUGGUACUCUAAAUCCGACAUGUCAGCACCUUCACAGCCGACAAAGGACGUUUGGGGGAAUGAUGACCCGAAGCGGAAGGACAGAAACGACCGGCGCCUAGUAGCCAACGACCCCUUAGCAGCGAUGAGAAGUGGCGCAUCCAAAGUCAGGGAACUGAAGGCCGAAAGGAAGAAACUCCAGGCUGAGAGGGAGGAGGAACUGAGGCAACUGCGCAGAGAACAACGAUCACCGAAGGCACAGGGAUCGAUCAUCUGA